UUCUUAAAAGUUUCCGCAUAAAGCCAAGCCAGCUGAAAGAGAAAUUAUACAUUAUACAUGAAGACAGUGGUGGACUUAGCGAUGAGCAGAUUACAGCACUAAGAAGAUACCAGCCCACUUUAAAGGAUAUGGACAUGUAUCAGUCAUUUAAAGGUUCUCCUUCAGAACUACAUCUGGUGGACCAGUUUAUGCUCGAAAUGUGUAAAAUACCUAACCUAGGCCAAACGUUGGACCUCCUGCUUGCCAUACGUGAACUUCCAGCCUCCAUGGCAGAGCUGGAGCCACUCAUCAGCCAGAAAAUCCAUGCAUGCAAACAGCUACAGGACAGCCCAAAGUUUGUUGCUGUGCUGAAGUAUAUCUUAGCCAUGGGGAACUAUUUGAACGAAAAGGCUGGGAGAGAGAAGGCCAGUGGUUUUCGGCUCUCUUCUUUGACCAAAUUAUCAUUGCUACGAGGUAAAGAACAGAGCUUCACCUUGCUGCAUGCCCUUGUGGAGCAGAUCUUCUUACACAAUCCUGAUUUGGCUGAAUUUCCUCAGGAGUUGACAGAAAUUAAAGCUCUGUCUGGAGCCUCCAUCAAAGGUCUCAGUGCUGAAGUUGAAGUUUUACGGAAAGAAUUAGCAAGCAUCAUCGAGUGCAGAAGACAAGUCAAACCCAAGGUUAUCAAGGCGGGAACUCUGGAGUCACAGUUCUACAAAAAACUAAAGGAUUUGAUUCAGGAGUAUGAAGAAAUCCUUUCUCAGGUCUCUAGAAGAUGCACAGAAAUGAAGAAGGUGUACCAUGAAAUCCUGGUGAAAUUUGGAGAAGCAGAAGAUCGAGACUCUGAAGAGUUUUUUGGCUGGAUUUCGACAUUUAUCAGUGAAUUCAGGAAGGUCUUGCUGGAGAUUAUGUCAUGAUGGUGGAAACAGAACUUUGUUGCCUCAAUCAUCACUACAAUUAUGGUUGGUGUA